AUGGCAACCAAUGGUAGUUCAGUGCAACCAGACCAUUACAAAAAUACAAAUGAGCAACACCCAGCAAACUCAUCUGCAACUGAGACUCACUCCGAAAAACCCUCUGCGACAAACGUUCGCAAAGAUGAAGUUGGAUGGUACUUUGUCGAAAAAUACUAUAACACACUGAGCAGGAACCCUGAGAAACUUCACUUAUUUCAUGGUCAGUUUUCCCAGUAUGUUUCUGGUCUUGAGGCUGUUGUAUCUCCUGUGUCAGUUGGUCGAAGUGCAAUCCAAGAACGGAUUAGGGAGCAUGGAUUCCAAGACUGUAAAGUCCGUAUCACAAAUGUAGACUCACAAGCCUCCUACGAUAACAUCGUUAUUCAAGUCAUUGGUGAAACGUCAAGCAUGUCUGCUGAGCCUAGAAAAUUUGUCCAAACUUUUGUUCUAGCUCAGCAACCUACUGGUUAUUUUGUCCUUAACGAUAUAUUUAGAUAUAUUGUUGAAGAAGUCGAGGAAGAACCCACUCCCAUCGCCCAAGAAAAGAUCGAAGAAAAUGUACCCGAACCUGUUAAAGAUGAAUGUGAAUUGCAAGCAAACAUCUCAGCCGAUGAAAUUCCAGUUGCUCCAGCUGAUGUUGAUGUGGUCGAACAAAAAUUAGAACCUGUGGUCCCGGACCUUGGCGAAGAUCAAUCCAAAAUUGUCAAUGGCACGUCGGCUAUUGUGUUAGACGAUCUACCAAAAACUACAAUCCUAGAGGAAGUCCCAGUUCCUGACGUCGAAGAAAAAUUAGUAGAAGAGGAGGUAAAGCCAUUAGAAGUAAUGCAAGAAGACCCGCCAACUCCACCUGCUACCCAAAUCCAACCCGUGAGCAAAUCAAUAGCUCCAGUGCAGCCUUCUGGCCCCCCAAAACCAUUAAGCUGGGCUAGUCGUGCUGCUGCCGCAGUCGGCUCAAAUUUAAAGCCAUCGGCGCCUGCAGUCCCUUCCACUACCGUCCCGAAAUCUGCUGUAACUUCUCAGGUUAGAGCUGCAUCGUCAACCACAAGACCAUUACCUACGCCAAGCUCCUCAUCCACCACUCAAAAUGAUCGAGAAAAAGAAUCCACACUUCCUCCAACAGGAACUGGAUCUGGGUGGCAAACAGCUGGUGAAAACCCCAAGAAACAAAAUAGGCCUCAGUCUAUCUCUGCACCCCUCGAAAAAGAGGGCACAAUGGGCUAUGUGCGCAAUGUAACCGAAAAAGUUAACACCGAGGAACUACGUGCGGCUCUCAGCUCAUUUGGAAAUUUAAUUUACUUUGACAUCAACCGAUACAAGAACUGUGCAUUUGUAGAAUUUGCAACGACCGAAGGAUAUCAAGCUGCCGCUAGUGCUAGCCCGCACCAGGUAUCUGGUGAACCAAUUUAUGUUGAACCGCGUCGACCAAAGGCCAACGCAUACGGAGGAAGUGGAAAUGGAUAUCCCAGUGGACGUGGAGGAGCAAACCAAAGGGGUCGUGGGGGCUUUCCCAACCGAGGCCGUGGGCCAGGUGCACCCCGAGGUCGAGGACAAGCUAGUAACGCAUAA